GUUAUUUCUGGCACCAGCGCCAGCUGCAGCGCCUGGGAAGCGACAAGCCCGUCGAGCCCAUCCGAGUGCUCGUUCUCCUGAGGCUUCUUUGCUUUCGGCUGGUGCGUGCCUACAUCUUCGAGCCACGCCGGCUCUCGACCAGCAGCUGCCGCUUUGCCCACGAAUCGCCGAUUGGAGUGGGGUUUUUGGGGGAUAG